CCCCGCGUGCACGCGCGCUGUUUAGCGAUGCUCGUCCUGUCUGUCUGCGUUUAACGCGUUUUGUUGGAAAUGCAGCGCGUGUGAAGCAUGGCGUCGCGUUCUGUGUGCGUCUGGCGUUCAUCAAUAAACAAACGAACGAACGCGUUUUUGUUUGCUGAUGUGUCCGCGAUGAUGGAAAUCUGCCGCGGCGCGUCGCGUCCGGACUGUGAUGGCGCGUCGCGUCGAACUCGAGAUGUGAUGUCAAACCUCUGGAUUAAAACAUGAAUAAUGACGUCAGUCAGCAGCGCGUCGCGUCAGUGCGCAACAAAAGACGGUUGUGCGUCUCACACAAGCUUUUGGACCAUGAGUGAUGAGUCUCCAUUACAGACGCGCCUCACCACUGACAUGCCACUGGCGUCUGGCUCUCAGGAGAACUACAUCACGCUGCUGGUGCUUCUGUGUGUGUUCGCCGCCGGGACGCUGGUCCUCCUGUCCAUCCUGCUGGUCUUCUGUCAUCGCUGCUGUCGAGGAGAGCGACGCUACUCCAGAGCCAGCGAUGACCUGGAGAAAACCAACACCACAUACAUAGAGGAGAGUCAGCCGACGCAAGAUGUCACUAUCAGACUCGAGAGCGGCGAUUCGCUGUCCUCUUCCAGCUGUCAUGGCGAUACGGAUGUGGAUCACUUCCUGUCUGCGUCGGUCACCGGAAGACGGGUCUCUUUCAAUGAGGCCGCAAUCUACGAGCAGAGCGCCAAAGACCAGGAGACAGGUCGAAGGUACACGCUGACGGAGGGAGACUUCCAUCACCUGAAGAAAGCUCGUCUGACGCACAUGCACAUGCAGCCGCCGGCGCUGAAGAUCCUCACCAUCCUGGAGUGUGAUUCACCGGAGAACAGCGUGACGCUCAACGAACAGCCCUUACAACACCCAUCCUUCUCAAUAUUUCAGCCUGUGGAGUGUCCUAUGUCGGAGACUGAAGGAUUGUGGAGCGCUCAAAGCCCCAGCAGUGCUCUGCCUGGAAACACACUGAACACCAGCACUGAACACACGGCCAAACCAGCUCGAUCACACACCAUCGAGGUGAUGAACAGGAGCCUGCUGAUGGACAGAGAUUCCACUUCCUGUGCGGCCAGCGGUGCUGCAGGUCCAGCUCAGGGCACCAUGUUCCACUUCCUGUCUAAGCUCCGACGCCACACCAGCCUGGAGGGAGCGGGUCCAUUCUUCAGUGUCAAGAAAUGGAGACAGGACACCAUCCAGAGAGCAGCGAGUCUCGACAUGAGAGCUUCUCCGCGGAGACGUGCGUUUCAGAGGCAGCGGGCGGCUAGCGAGACUCUGGAUCAGGGAGAAGAAACCUUACAUGCUGGAGUCAGCGACUUCUUGUGGCAAAAACCCACUGCGCAGCCACAGAAGGAGCCACCAAGACGCCUCUCGGCCGGUGCUUUGGAUGUCACCGGAGGAGCUCCUCCUGCCCUCAGCAGGUUAGAGGUAGAAGCUGUAAUGGAGCUCAGAGUCCACUCAGAUGCAGUGAAAGACAAGACUCCAACAUUGCCCCCAACCCAUGGACCUCUGGAUGUGGAGGAUGGUGAAGAGGAUGGACAGGAGAUGAUGGCAGAAGCGUCAGGAGGCGGUGCUGAAGAGUUCGGACCAGUGACUCGUCAGGAGAGUCUAGAGCAGCCCAGCCUGUACCGCGACAUCUGGAGCCUGAGAGCAUCACUGGAGCAGUACGCCUCCUCCGACCUGAGCAGCAACGACAGGGACUCCACUCGAAGCGAUGCCGACAGCGUUUGCUCAGCAGGACCACUGAGAGCGGGCGUCCCUGGCUAUCAGUCGCAAGACAUCGAUGAUGAUAUAGACGGGGACGGCGAGCUUCCAUAUGAUGAUGUGGUCAGGGAAGCUGGGCAGAGGAGAAAUGGACAGGACAGCGUAGACUCUGAGAGAGGCAGCGACGGAGAGACAAACAACCGGAAACUUCUGCAGAUGGACAGCGGAUACGCCUCAAUCGAGGCUCCUUGCAAGGCUCCAGAGGAAUUCAGAUUGCACGGGAGUAGCUCUGGAAAGACCGCAUCAGAACGUCGCCGCUUUUUCACCAAUUCUGGACGCAAAGGCACGGUUUGUGAGAGUUUUGAGGCACGGGUGUUUAAGGAAGAGCUGGAAGACGAGGCAUCUGAGAGCAGCGCAAGUUUGGAGGCAGACACUCCCGCUACAGUUCCCCACCAAGAACCCAUAACCAAACCCAGGCCACGCUUCCAACGCAGAGACUACAGCAUCGAUGAGAAGACUGAGGCGCUGUUUAAUGAAUUCCUACGCCAUGACCCCCAGUUUGACCAGCAGGGCUCGCCCUCCUUGCGUCACCGGCACCGCUCCCGAAUCCAUCUCAGGAAGCAGUGGCAGCGCAGUAAACAGUACAGCGACCCCGGUGCCACUCGAUUAUCCCCAUCUCUAGAGCGACAGCGCUGCUAUCCACUACGCCGAGGCGACAGCGCCAACUAUCCCUUAGACACACGCUACCACAGUACCUUGCCUCGCAUCGCUAGUGCCGCGGACGAGGAGGUCAGCGAGGGAGCAGCGAGUACAGAAUCGCCCGAGCCAGAAAAAAACGGUCCAGAGCUGGAGGGUGCUGAUCCGCUCUCAGAAACAGGCAAUUCUGGUCCAGACCUGGAGGAAAACGCAAACAACAGCAGCAACAACACAAGCCGACAUCUCUUUUCAUCGCAAACAAAGGACAACAGUGCCAGGCGUUGUGGAAGACAAGAGGACUUGGGAACAAAUGCUCAUCCCGCAGAUUCACAUAAACAUUCACAGAUGGACCGUGGUGGACCAAUGGCUACAUUUAGUUCUCAUUUGCAUUCACAUACAAACACACUCAUCCAGGAUCCCACUAAUCCGGAUCAGGACUCCAACUACAUGCGUCAUGCUCUCACUGACAUCAGUCCAUCAGACAAACUGGCGUCCACACUGGACGAUCGGCUCUACUCUGACCUGAGGACUCAAAGAGGGAGUAAAGAGCAUGUUGUGACCGUAAGCCGCACCUCACCAGAUCUAGAAGAAUAAAGGGCCGUUCACACUAAGA